AUGUCUCUUCCAUCUCGAUAUGCCCCCGAAGGAUUGAGUGAAGAGGACCAAUCAAGAGUCAUAACAGUGGGCGAAAGAACGCUCCGUAGACCUAUAGAGUAUAAACUAAGAUCCUUAGAUGAUAAAGUACAGCUGGCAUUGCACACACACCCAAACACGUCUGAUGACAUUGAAAUGAUACCCAUUGAAAAUGCCCAAGAAGUGGAUGUGAUAUCAGAAUAUAUCGAAUUCCUAAGAGGAAACUCAGUAUAUGAAGAUAAAAACGAAAUGAGUAUUGAGGAAUCGCCUGAAUUCGAGAUUGUUGGGGGGAAUAUUUCAUUUUUGGUUCUCGAUACAAACUUUUUGAUUUCCCAUUUGAACAUUGUUGAUACUUUGAAAAACAUCGCUUCGGAUUAUGGGUUGAAGCUAAUUAUUCCCGUCUAUGUAGUUCAAGAAUUAAACGGUCUCAAGAACUCUGAUCGCCUACACAACAGCUCAGAUGGGAAAUUCACGGGUGAAACGGUUUCUCAAUUGGCUACAUGGGCCAAUAGAUGGAUAUACCACGCGUUGGCCGAGUCCCUGGCAGUUGUCAAGGGCCAAAAAUUGUCACAGAGAAUUUCAAAAGACCUUGUUAAGGAUGACGCCAUUUUUGAUUGUUGUUUGUACUUUAAACAGACCUACCCCCGGUCCUUGGUGAUUCUCUUAUCAAAUGACAAAAAUCUUUGCGCCAAAGCAUUGAGCAAUGAUGUAUUAACAGUGAGUUUCCGUGAAGACAUGAGUGCAAGAUUGAUUGCAAAAACUAUAUACGAGGAGAACAUUCAAAGGUUUGGAAAACUACAAACCAAAGUGGAGCCAAUGGCACCAAAAAUUCAAAACCACACUUCUCCCGAGAUUGCGGAGCCGUCCAGUGAGUGGGUAGAAAAGACGAAGCAGUUUGACGGAUUGACUACGUUUGAACAGGUUUCUGAUAAAGUAUACGAAGAGAUAAAAAUGAUAUUGUUAGCGGCUUUAGACCAUUGUAUGGUUGCUGAAUAUGGUAACGAUUUAGAUUUGAUUCGAGGGUACGACAAAAAUAGCGUCACAACUAUCGAAGAUUGUGCCGAAUUGAUAAUUAGGUUUUGGAUGACAGUCUUUCUGCAAUACUUUUAUGCCAUACCCGGUAAUUUUGUUCCAUUCCACGAGACAGGAAAAGGAAGAAAUUCUCGAAAGACACCAAUACACGUUUAUCAGCCAGACAACAGCAACGAACUUCGUCAGUUUGUGACUUUUUGGACUAAGGUGCUUACAGUGAUUUACGACGGUGUGAUGGAUCCAACACAACAAACAGCUUUAAAGUGGUUGAUCGUCCGUUGGAAUAAAAUGGCCGAUACCGCGUAG